CUUCAAUGUUGAAAGAUGGCGCCAUCCUUAAAUCCCGUCUUGUUUGUAAUGGCAGGUUUUGUAACAUUUUGUACAGCGCAUGUCGUGGAGUUGGAUAGUAGCUUUCUUGAAAAGAAAGGUGAUGACAUGUGGCUUGUAGAGUUUUAUGCACCAUGGUGUGGCCACUGUAAGAAGCUUGAACCUGUAUACCGGGAAGUAGCUCAUGAACUGCGUAACUCUCCAGUUAAAGUGGGCAAAGUGGACUGUACACGCUUUACAGAUCUUGCAGCCCACUUCAGCAUCAGAGGUUUCCCAACAAUCAAAUUUGUGAAGGGAAAUCAAGUAUUUACACACAGGGGUGAUCGUUCCAAAGAGGGUAUUUUGGAGUUUGCAAGUCGAGCACAGGGUCCAGCUGUUCGAAAACUUAGCAGUGUUGGCAAGUUGAAUGAAGCUCGCAGUAAGCACAGUGAUGAGGUAUUUUUUCUUUAUAUUGGUGAUGAUGAUGAACAAGAUGAUCUCUAUCAAAAAUACCAAACUGUGGCAGACAAGAUGAUGGUGCAGGGAUAUUAUUAUGCUGGCAAAAAACACAUCCUUGAGGAUAUAAGCACAAAGAAUCAUCCAACAGUGUUGGCUUUCAAAGACAGAAUGCAGUAUGAAUUCUUGCCUCCUGAGGGUGUUGCCACAAUGGAAGCAUUAGAGCACUGGAUCAACACUGAACGUUAUCCAGCCUUUCCUCAAAUAUGGGGAGGUGCUAUCAACCUACUGGCAGAUACCAAGAAAUAUCUUGUCAUCAUUGUUGUGGACCCAGAAAUCAAGGACAAGAUGGAUGGCAACAACAGGUUAAAAAACAUUGCAGAAGCAAUAGCACUUGAUCAGCGUGACAAAUAUCACAGCGAGUUUCAGUUUUUAUGGAUGACCGAUGUAGAAACAGUCAACACCAUCACCAUGUCAUUUCUGACACCACCAGUUCUCCUGGUGCUAGAAGUCGACCCUCAGUACUAUUACCUUCCAGACCUCCCUGCCUCCAACAUCACCAUCAACACUUUCAUGCAGUUUUUAGAUGGCAUCCGCAAUGGAACUGUUCAGGCUCAUGGAGGCAAUGGAUUCUUCAUGCGGGUCAAACGCUUGCUGUAUGACAUCAUGACCACAAUCAUUAGCAUAUGGCAAGCUUCACGGUGGCUGUUCUUGUUGGUCUUUGGUCUCCCCACUCUCAUCAUCAGCAUCAUCUGCUAUAGCCUCUGCUGUAUGGAACCACUGGAUGAUUCAUAUCUUGAAGACGAGGAGGAUGAGCUACGACAGCUGCAGCAGGAAUCAGCAGGAGAUGCUAAAGCACCUGACUAUGAUGAAGAGCUAAAGAAUGAACAGGAUGGUCAGGAAUUUAAAGAAGCUGUGGAAGAUGAAGACAUCGAAUGUGCAGACAUAAAAGGAGGAGAAGAAAAAAAGAAUGACUGAAACAAAUGAUAACUCUGAGAAGACUAGUUUGGACAAUGCUAUAAAUAGAUUUAUCUGUACCUCAGCAUAUAGUCUCCUAGAUUUUCUCUUUUCACCUGUUCUCCUGUUUCAGUACUUAUAUCCUGUUUUUGUUUUAAAGACUGACAAAAAGAAAAUGUAAAAAAAAUUACAUUACACUAGUUAUAAAAUUAUUGACAGGUGAACUAAUGAUAGAAUUCAGCCUGUAACAUUUAUUUAUUAAUCUGUUUUAAUGUAAAUACAAAUACUUAAUUGAAGUCUUACCUUUGUCUGAGAGACAUUCUCAUACUCACUUCAUUUCUCUGUCAAACACCUACUAAACGGUGUUCUGUGGUCAUUUGUUUCUUAUAAAAAGACCACACUUGCUACCAGAUUCUGCAGGUUAAUCACUGCCACAAAUACAUAAUCUAUUUUCAUCAUUCUAUAUAGUGACCAUUGACAAGCUGUUAUUCUUCUUUUGUAAUUUGUUGUGGAAACCAGAGAUUAACAAUCUGUUCACACUGUACAUUUGAUCUCAUGAAGUAUCCUCUUAAUACGUUCAGUGAUGCCUAAUCUAUAUAAUAUAUAAACAGUUCCUUCCCUUAAAAGCCAAAGAGAGCAAAAUAAUGAUGCUACAAGAAACAUGUGGACCACCUAUCAACAUUGUUAGUACUUUAUUUUAAUAUUACAUGCAGUUUCUUGCGGAUGGUUCUGAGUGCCCUAACUUAAAUAAGCUUUUAUGGGGUGUCAUUGAGUUUGUCAUUUAAUUUGUUGACACCUCCUACCUUUUAACUCACAAACUUGUUCACUUAUAAUCUUAUACAAUGAUCUUGCUGUUGAGAAAUGGACUUCUUUCUGCUUCAUUGUGAGGAUGGGGCCAGCAUGGUUCAGCUUAGAUCAAAAUUUUUAUUAAUCUUCAUGCUUACAGAAAUUCUGCAAAUGAGCAUCAAUGUUAAAAAGAUUUUUGCUAACUUAUUAGAACAAUUUGAACUUGUCUGUCAGAUGAGAGUUUGCUUGUUAUUUGUGAUGCUGCUUAGAUUAUUCUGAUAGUUCUGUUUAAAACCUUCUGUUUAUUCUUCCUUAUCAAAAGCAUAAUGUCACAGGAAUGUUUAUUUACACAAAAGCAUUGUACAGCUGCUUCAAUCAAGUGCAGUGAAAAUAGUAGCUGUACGAUCCGUUAUCUAUACAAUCUUCAGAAAGCCUUUAUAUGAUGGAUACCAUCUGCAUCUAAGCAGUAAACUUGAAUGCAUUUCAUUCCAUAUUAAAAUGGUUGGAAUCAGCUCACAAUGCUGUGUUUGUUUCAUAAUAAAUUAUGUGUGUGUUCACAUUUGUUUCAAAAUCUAUUCUUGUGAUAUUACGUCACAAAAAUUGUAACCCAUUGUGACUGUGCACUACCUCUGACACUUCAUGCCAAGGCAGUGUUAACCAAGUCAUGUUGUAACUAUAUCCACAAUUUGAAUGUGUUAUGUUGUAUAUUUAAAAGUGUUCCAUUAUUGUUUUAGCACACCAGUUUUAAACAAGUGUUACUGUGACUUGUGUACACUUGAAAGUGUAUGAAAUGCAAUUAAAGAAGUUUAAUAAUGGUGGUAAAUGUUGUUAUACAUACAUUCAUAUCUUAGUCUGGUGUGCAUUUUAAGGUUAUAAAUCUGUAAUAUCUUUUUUCCCUUCAGCAGCAUAAUUCUUCUAAAACUGGAGGAUGCAAAAGCUGCCAGAGACACGAAACUGUGUGAAUGGGACAGUGGUAUGCCUCAAGCCAUUAAAGCGUUCUCAGGGGUACUGUCUGACAUGUGCUGUGUGGCUCGUGAGCUGUUUUUCUUGUUGUUUACCUGCAUAAAGCUUUCUAAGGUUCAAGAAGUACACAUAAUUUUAAUUUAAAGACUUUAGCUCAGUUUAUACUCUUUCAUUAGUAUUCAGCCAUGGUUUUUGUAGCAUUUUCAGUAGAUGAUAAUCUCUUGUGAAUUGAAGAUAUCUUGAGACAUUGUCAUUUGUCUAUGUUAAAGAGUUUACUAGAUUAUUUUUCCUCCAGCCUUUUCUUUACAAAGUGCAGAUAUUAGAGCUUUUAGACAGUAUUUUUUCACCUUUCAUUUAGAAUUGACAUCAUUGUUCAGGAUUGUUUUCAAAAACUAAAAUGCCUGAUACACAAAGAAAAUAUUAUGUUCAAGUAAUUUGCACAUUAUCAUAGGUCAAAAGGCGUAAAAGUCUAAAGAGUGCAGAGGCUGAGUUUUUGUGGGAAUCUGAACAGCUAUCUACAAAGAAGCAUGUUUUGAGUACAGUUUGUAGCAUCUUAGGACAUAAAACAAUCAUAUGCUGCAUUUUCAGUGUCUGCAUAUUUGUGUCUGUAAAACAGGAUAUGCGUUCAUGUUGACAGUAGUGCAGCCACACAGUGGUCUGCUCCUUUGACUCCUGUGGAUCACUCUGUUGCUAAUGCUGUCAUUAAUAAUCUUUGUGGUGUUUAUUUGGACAGUCUGGUACUAUGUUUAUGCUGGCUGUUAUUGUUGAGUGUGUCCUUGUGGAAAUCUUAAGAGGGCAAUGAAUGGCUCCAUUUCAGUGAUUUUUCUGUCUCCUGUAAGGAGAUGCCUUUUGUGAUCAUUUUGUACGAUCUUUUAUUUUUGAGUUGUUGUAUGUGUGUCUGAGUAUGAACAAGGUAAAACAUUUGACAUAAUCUCUAUUCAGUAUAAAGGUCUCUCAUUAAUUUUGUCAUUAACUGGACUAUUAAAAUUCGAAACAAAUUGUGUUUUUAAAACCUGUCAGAAAAUGUAUGCAAACACUUAUACAUGCAGAACUUUUCAUAUACACACAAACACACACAUACUUAAGCAUAUACACAUAUAAAGUAAAAAACAUGAACAGCUAUCAAUCUCUGUUAACCUUCCUUCUGAAGUCUCUGUUGAUGUGAUUAUGAUUAUCAUGGAUACACUGACUGGGUGAUGCUUAUGUCGAACUGGUGUACUUUGUGGCACUUGCUUUCCAAGAAUUUCUUAGAUAUCUAUAUUUCAUUUGUAAUUCUAAUGCUUUCUUACAUAAGGUUAAGUCCAGCUGCCGUAUUUCUGUGAACUAACAUCAUCUGAAUCUCUGUUUUAGGAAAGUAACAUACCAAAUCUGUUAAGAUGUAUAGCCCUCAUGCUUUUUUUUGUGAACUAUAACACUUAAGACUUCCUUAUAUUACUGAUUGAUUGAUGUACAUUUGUUUCUUUUCUCAAAGUAUUUUUGAACUAAAGGAAAUUUUUUAAUGAAGACAAAAGUAAAGUUCAAUGAAAGUAGUUUUGUCGUAAGUGCAGCCAAUUUUUGAGCAGCUGGAUAGAUUCUUCUAAAGGGACAUGAGAAAUGUCAUAUCAAGCAGUAAUUCGCAGUGUGAGUGCAUAAUGUUUGACAAGUCUGCUGCUCACUAAUUUAGGCUUGAGUGUAGUAAUCUGAUUGGAAUUAAACUGUUGUACAGUACUUCACAAGCAAUGUUAACAGUUCUUUCUUGCAAUUCCAAAAAAAUUGCAUGUUAAAUGUCUUGAUUAAAAUAGAUCUUUGCAUCAAUAAAAACAUAGCAGAAUGAGAAAACUGGCAAACAACAAAUUUUACCCUUAAAAUAUUUAAAGAGCUGCCAGGAAGUAACAAUGAUCAGGGACUUUGUUUAGGCUGACAGUUAUCCCCUAAAAUUUUCUUGAUCAUCUUAGUAACAUUUUUGUGAAUGUUCUGAUGACAGGUGACUUACACGUGCCCAAAGGUUAAGGGCUUAAAUGUAAAAAAAACUUAAUGCAAGCCACAUUUAAAAGAAAACAAAUUAUCAAGCGUUCCUAUGGAUCAAAAUUCUAUUUCUCAUAGCAACUGCCAGAUGUAAUUUGAAACUAUUUCAGUUUGUAAAAAAUAUUUUAAGAUUCUCAGUGAUUAAAGGUUACAAACCCCAUAAUUUGAAAAUAUUGUUCCUUAAGUGUUACCACUUAGACUUAAAUGCAUAUGUAAGUUGUUGUUGCAUGUGGUUGCAUACUGUUCGUGUCUUAUGGAAGAUUUUCAUGUGGGAAAUAAAGUUUUUUGGCACUCAGCUGUAAA